GCAUUAAGCAACAGUGUGCGGCUGUUUACUGAACCAACAAACAAGGAAGCCACAAAGUCUCCAACUGAACCCGGAGCUGCAGCACCAUGGAGGUUCUGAGAGUUCUGCUGGUUCUGGUUCUGCUGCUGGGUUCUGUGCAGCGUUCAGAGUGUGUGCGGUGUUUUGCACGUUUCCACCUGUCCUCGGGUCAAUGUGAUGAAGAGAUUGGUGAGGUGGACGAAGACGACUGCUGUCAGAACCCAAAGUAUGGUUACCAGGCAACCGACGGAACGUGUCAGUCCUGUGGUCCUCCAGCCUGGUCCUCCUGGUCGCCAUGGUCACCCUGUAAUGUCCUGUGUGGGAAGGGUGUGAGGCAGAGGAGCAGGAAGUGCUUUGGCGUCGGCCAAUCAGAAUGUGAGAACAUCAAUGACAAACUGCAGACAGAACCAUGUGACGGGACCUGCUGUGAAGAUCAGGGGUGGGGCCAGUGGCUCGCCUGGUCUCCAUGUUCGGUCACCUGUGGGGGAGUCGGCGUCAGGAGGAGGGAGAGAGUCUGUUCUAGUCCUCCUGAGUGUCUCUCAGCCUGCAAUGGGUCUUCACAGGAGACAGAGAGCUGUGCAGCUCACAACACCUGUCCAGUCCAUGGCGGUUGGUCCAGCUGGUCCGGUUGGUCCGAUUGUUCCCAUUCAUGCAUCGAUGACCAGCGUGCUGAUGCCGAUGCCAUCAUGCCCUCCAGAAUGCGACGUCGGUCCUGCUCUAACCCCGCCCCUUCCAACGACACGGCACCACCUGGCAACAGUUGCCCUGAGAACGACGUCCAGAAGCAGGUGUGCAGCGAGCUGCCAAACUGUCCAGUGAACGGCAACUGGGGGGCGUGGUCUCCAGCUGGGCCGUGCUCCGUUUCUUGUGGGGAGGGUCUCCGGUUGUCAACCAGGAAGUGUGACAGUCCCGCCCCUAAAUAUGGUGGUUUGUACUGUGAGGGGCCGAGCACCCAGAGCAGCGUCUGUAAGAGUCCGUGUCCUGUGGAUGGAUUCUGGUCCGGCUGGUCCAACUGGGGCGAGUGCACCGCCUCCUGUAUCCCACAAGGCCGAGCUCCUGUCAGGACACGCCGCCGCUCCUGCUCUAACCCCGCCCCUUCGACCACACCACCUGGAGGAGGUUGCCAAGGUGACAACCGCCAGGUGGAGCACUGCAAUCACUUGCCUCACUGUAAAGUGGACGGGGGUUGGGGGUCUUGGUCGCCUUUCACUUCCUGUCCUGUUACCUGUGGGGUGGGGUUUCAGGUGUCCAUCAGAAGAUGUGACAGCCCCGCCCCCCAACAUGGCGGCCGACAGUGUCCUGGAGAAGGACGUCGAAGCAGCAUCUGUUCCACUAACGUCCACUGUCCAGUGGACGGCGUGUGGUCGGAGUGGUCAGCGUGGAGUGUGUGUAAAUACCCGUUUGGUGACCGGAAAAUCACCUGCAAGCAGAUAGGCGGCAGUCAGAGUAGAGUACGAGAAUGUCUCCAUCGAGCUCAUAACGGGUCCAUCUGCAGUGGAGACAGUCUGAUGGACCGACGGGUCUGCUACGAUGUCAGCAGAUGCUACGUGAAGGGGAGCUGGGACGGUUGGGACACGUGGAGUUUGUGUCGACCAGCUUGUGUAAAUUCAGCGAGAGACAACCCCGCCCGAAUCAGGAGCAGAGUCUGUCGGCCUGAUUACAGCAAUUACCCUCCCACCAUCGGCCGGCAGAAGGAGAAGGCCACGUUCUUCGGUACUCCGCUGGUCGACUGCGGUGCUCCGCCUGAUGGAGGAGAGAAGUACCAAAAGGAACCCUGCCUCAGUGUACCAGCCUGCAGCUGAAGCAGCUCACUGAUGACUUUAACAACUCUCAUUCUGUUCAUCGGCUCUCUGAGGUGCUACAGUCAUCACUGUUGUCAGAUUAGUUUGUCACAGCGGUUCCCAACCUGCAGGUUGAGACACUCCGAAGGGCCACCACAUGAAGCUCAUGUCUUUUAAUCUUCUGAAUUUGAUGCAAAAUGUUGGAUCUUUGACUCUGAAUGCUUGUGUUUGUAAAAGUCCUAGAAAUUUCUAAUAAGUGGUUUUCAGAUCCUGUUUAUCCAGUAAUCAGCUUAAAGGUGAAUGUUUCCGUUUCCCUCUUCUUCUGUUUUCCUUCUUUCCUGCUUUCACAAUAAAAGGCUGUGAACUAA